UGAGUGUUACUGUGUAUGAUCCUUGUAUCUUUUAGCUGCUGUUUGUCGGGCCAAGUUUGGACGUUUCACAGUUAUUGGCAGACAAGUGUUAACAGCAUGAACACAUCAUCCUCCGGUCGGAGGACGCCAGUGGACCACGGUGUUCAGAUCCGCUUCAUCAAUGACCUUCAUGACUUCCGAGGAGGGCAGUCUGGGUCUCAAGCCAAGCCCAAGUCGCAGACCUCCUCUAAGUAUGGUGUGGCGGUCCGUGUGCAGGGCAUCGCGGGUCAGCCGUACGUUGUCCUUAAAGACGGCAAGAAGGGGGACUCUUAUGGAGUUCAGCUCAGGACUCAGUAUAAUUCUGGCUACAGUAGCCUCCCCCGCAGGAGGGAGAAGGGCAAGCCAGCAAUGCAGAGGGCAGAUGAUGGAGGGGGGCAUGGAGGCGUGCUACGUCGGGCCCAAUCCCAUGGAUCACUUCUGGACAGAGAUGGGGAGGGAGAAGCUGGCAAUGAGGAGUUUCAGCUAUCUAGACCUCCAGGGGAUGGAAAAUCCGGCAGCUAUGGCAACCUGGACAGCGGGCUGGGUGUACGAGGGGAAAGAGAACCGGUUCACAAUAUGGGGGAUGGCUCAUAUAAGGCAAAAUUGAACGGUUCAGUGGGUUCACUGAGUGAGAGGCGGCACUUCUCUAGCCUGGAUCAGCAGGCGCAUGCUGUCAACCACCCUGUAAACAGGUUUGACGACAGAAGGCUUGGACGUCAACAGCGAGGCAUAUCACCUUCCCAGGAUGCUCAGGGUGUGCACCCUCACACCACCGACAACCGUUACACCUCACCCUCAUCUUCAACACACAGCAGCCCGGGAUGCGGCCAGAAAGCUUCCCCCAACACUACUGCACACUCAACUCAUCGGCAGCCUUCAAUGGGCAGAUAUGUUACCAUGGAGACAGAGCCUCAAGUUACCCCAGACCUUUUGCUGGACCAGAGUGCAGAGAUGAGCAGAGAGGAGGAGCAGAUCAUGCAGACCAUAUACAGCAUCCUCAGAGAAGGGACCAAUGAAAGUGAUGUUGCCAUCAAGCACAAAGUCCAGAUGAUCUAUCAGAGGCUUCAGAACCUUCAGCACAAAGAAGCGCCCUUGGACUUGUUGAGAGAAAAGAGGGAUCUUGAGAGGAAGGUGGCGGAGCUGCAGAGUGCCUUGCAAGAGGACCGAAGGGGCUCCCUUACCCGCUCCGAAAAAACUUUGAAAGUUGCGCUGGACUCCUGCUUGGAUGCAAAUCUGCAAUUGGAGGAAACGCUGGCUCGGAAGAAGAAAGAACUCAAUGAUACCCAGUCUGAACUGACUCAGCUGCGUAUAGAAAGAGAGAAUGCCGAGGCUCGUGCCAGAGAGAUGGAGGACCACUUGGCCGAGCUCCAAGAUGAACUGAGAAGAGAAAAUGGCAACAGGAAGGAUGUGGCGACUCUGGAGGCCGAGCUGAUGGAGGUCUGUCACCUGAAGCAGAAGCUGGAGGAGACGCUGCGGCAGCGGGAGAGGGAACUGACAGCGCUGAAGGGAGCGCUGAAGGAUGAGGUGGCCACGCAUGACAAGGAGAUUGAGGCCCUUCGAGAACAGUAUAGCGUCGACAUGGAGAAACUGAGGAGCAGCAUGGAGCAAGUGUCUCAGUCUCACGUGGGGAUCGAGGCUGAGCGCUUGCGCGUGAAUUCAUCAGUUCGCACUCUCCAGCAGCAGUUGGAGGACUGCAGGGAUGAGAGCAGCCACUGGAUGGAGCAGUUUCACAACACCAGGGAUGAAUUUCGCUCUACAAAGCAAGAACUCCUGCAAACCCGACUAGAGAAAGAGGAGAAUGAGGAGGAGCUGAAAGAGCUCCAGGAAAAAAUGAACGCAAUGAAACAGAAGAUGCCGGACCCCAACCACGAACAGACUUUAAAGCAGGAGCUUGAGCGACUCAGUGCUGAUCUGCAGAAGGCAAAAUCAGAGGUGGAGAAGCAGAGGACGGAAUUUGACAAAAAGGUGAUGGAGACCAUCUCGGUGAAAAAAGCUCAUCAGGAGCAAGAGGCAGAACUAAAAUACGAGAUUGAUCGACUAAAGAACCAGUUGCAGAGGGCCAGAGAUGACUUUGCCAAGGCCCAGGAGAAAAACAAAAAGCUCCCAGACCCAGCCACCGUCUCUGAACUGGAGCAGAAGCUCAGGGAAGCACAAAUUGAAGCCAGCCAGCUCAAAGACAAAUUGCAAUCAGCUGAGGAGGAGCUGGAGGCCAGUAAAUCCCAUUUGAGUAGAUCUCAGGUGGACCUGAAGUCUUUAGAAGAUGCCCAGAAGGAACAGACUGAGUCCAACAUUCGUCUGAAAGAUAAAUUGUCUCGGUUAGAGGCUCAACUGCUGACCAGCAAUGCGGAGAACUCAGAGGCCGAGCUUGCCCUCCACACCGAGCUGAGGGGCCUGAGAUCUGAGCUGGAUGAGACAAAGCGAAAAGCUUCACGCAUGACACAGGAGCACCGGGAACUCAGUCAGCGUGUGGAGGAUGCUGAGAAAGAAAAGGAGGUGGUCAAACAGACCCUCAACCAGAAGGAGGAGCUCAGACAACAGCAGGAGAGAGCUCUGGAGAAAAUCAACAAGGAGUUUGAGUCUCUUACCAUGUCCUCAAGAGGUGAGGUGCAGACUCUCAAGGUUCAACUGGAGGAGCAGAGAGAGUGCGCACGCAAGGAAAUGCAGGAGGUGCAACGUCACGGUAGCGACGCUCAAACCGAACUGGACAGAAGUCAGACAAAUCUGAGGCGACUGGAGGAGGAGCUGUCACGACAGAAGAAGGAGCUCUUGCUCACAUGCGAGGAGAGGGACAACCACCAGCUAGAUAAAGAGAUGCUAACCAACAGACUGCGCCACCUCGAGGCAGAGAGUGAGGCGGGCAAGAACAGCCUCAACGAGAAGACCAGGGAGAUUCGUAUCCUGGAGGAAAAGUUGAAGCACCUGGAGCUGGAGCUGGAGGAGGAGAGAAGCAGCGGGGAGAUGCUGACGGAGCGCGUGUCCAGAAGCAGAGACCAGAUUGACCAGCUGCGCUCGGAGCUUAUGCAGGAGCGAUCAUCCAAACAGGACCUCGAGUUGGACAAGAAUGCCAUGGAGAGACAUCUCAAGGAGUUGAGGGGUCGUGUCGCCGACAUGGAGGGCCAGUCUCGCUCCUCAGCUGGGGCCACUCAGCUGGAGAGCAAAAUCCAGGAGCUUGAGGAACGUCUCCGGACUGAGGACAGGGAGAAGAAUUCUCUUUUGGCGUCCCAGCGCCGCCUUGAGAGGAAGCUUAAGGAGUUGAACAUGAUGCUGGACGAGGAGAGAGAAACACACACUGAACAGAAGGACCAGCUUUCUCUAAAAGUGAAGGCUCUGAAGAGGCAGGUGGACGAGGGCGAAACUGAGUUAGAGAGGAUCGACACGCUGAGGAGGAAGGCUCAGAGAGACAUGGAAGAGCAGAUAGAGCUUAAAGACGCCUUGCAGUCACGAGUCAACGCUUUGGAAACGGAACUCAAAAGGAAAACCAAGGCCACCAUGCGUCCCGCUUUGGAUUCGUCCGCUUUCAGCUCGGACGAUGAUGACAGCGUUUACGACUCGUCCACCAUCACGUCCCUCCUUACCGAGGGCAACCUCCAGACCAGCUCCUGUUGAAAGUAGCAUAGCACACACACCUUUCAGACCGGUCAGCUGAGGCAAUAAUGGUACUGCAGAUGCACUACAGAGCAGGAGGGAGUGUUAUAAAGGUUAGUGGGUUGUCCAUUCACCUCAUGGGAGUGAAUUAAAGGAAGCCAAACUUCCUGUUUAAGGUGGUUUCCUUCACAGCAUACGUGAGCAAUAUUUGGUACAGAAGUAGACUGAAAAAUGAACAGUGAACUCUAUUGCUGCUCCACUAUUUCUAUGUAGUUUUCUUCAUUUUAAUGCAAAAUAAGGGCCCAUGCUGCCACUUUAUUUAUGCUUUACUUUUACUUAAAGUUUCAGAAUACAUGAUGCCUUACAAAACAGAUAAUAAUCAUGAUGAUUUUUGUAUGUUUUUAUUUAACAUUUCUAGUUUCUUAAUUUUGUAUUUAGUUUGAACAAAUCAGCACUGAAGGACAUUUACUGCACUGUAUUGUUUAUUUUUUUAUGUCUAUGAAUCAAGUAAAGCGGGAUAUUAAUAAUCAUGUACUGUAUUUGGGUUGUCAAUGUAUCACAAUACUAGAAUUGCUCAUUGGGCAAAUAUUUCCCAUUUUUAAUCUUUUAUAUUUCCUUUAGUAAAAAAGUCUUCAUUCACUAAAAAUGUCUUAGCAUUUGUUUUCAUAAUUUAAGAGUGGUGAUUGUAUUGACUUUUUUUUUUUGCAUAUUUGCGAUAAUUUGAAGGAGUGACACAUCUACUUGCAGAACACGUUCCUCCACAAGGGACGUGGAAACUUUUUAAGAAGUGCUCACUGGCCACGCACAAAUCAUUCACUGUGAAAAAUGUUGAAAGCAUUAGCUAGGAAGAUUCGGAAUUUCUGGAACUAGCCUAAAAAAUGACUCCUAAAACAGUCUGGAAUAGAAAAUAUACAAAUUGAAAGAAAGAACAAAACUUGUAUUCACAACCUGAAAAAUGCACCAAAUCCAAAUUAUCCCACUAAUAUUGAAGAAUUAAAACAAAAAUUAUAAUGCACAAUGCCAGUAAUAUACAGUCAUUGCCAUGGCAACCGCACAUCAUCACCUCUGGUGUUGUUUAUAAAAUUGGUGGACCAGCCGGGACCUCUUUGUUUUUAUUCUGUGGACCCUAUCCUAAGCUAUUCGCUAAAAAAAAAAAAAAAACCUAGUUACGGUUUUUGUGCUCUUUCUGAAAUGGCCUAAGAUUCUACCAGUGCAGCAAUUGGCGUCAUAGUAUGUUAUGGAAAUAUAUCUUGACAGAGAGACUUGCAUCUUUAUUAGUUGUGGAGGAGCUAAGUUUAGCCAGUGUUUUUAGUGGAAGUUAAGGAGAUUCUUCGCCACAUAUGCAUGUAGAUGUGCACUUCCAGUGCAUUUUUUUUUUUUAUCCAAGUGUAUUUUCAUGGUUAAUGUAUGAUGAGUUUGAAAUAUUAAACUUUUAGUAUCAUG